UGUAUAUAUGCACCUGCAGCUCAAGCUUGACACAGUAGCAGCUUCCCUCUCUUGAAGAACUGAAGAAAUCUACAGAAAGAAACUGCACAGAGAAAUGGCUUCCAAAGUUGCAGCCCUGCUCCUGCUAGGUCUCAUCUGUUGCCAGCUUGCACCAGCUCAGAUCAUCAUGGACUGUUGCCUGAGCGUCAGUGAAAAACGCCUAAUCCCCAAAAACAUUGUGGGCUAUCAUAUUCAGAGAGCCGGUCAGGGCUGCGACAUCAGCGCCACUGUGUUUCUCCAUAAAAAAGGCAUGCAACUGUGUGUUGUACCUGCUGAAGGACAUCCAUGGGUGCAAAACCUGUUGAAGCGUUUGGACAAGAACAGAAAGCCCCAUCAUUAAAAAGGACCUGGAAAAGCCAUGGGAGAGGGCACCUGGUGGCUAAACUCCGAGCUGCAGACGGCAGUGUUUCUCCCUGAAUGUCUCAGAGUGGUUGCAUCAUGCAGCCUGAAAAGAUCAAACUUGGCGAGCUCAUCCAGAAAUCAUGGUUCUUUCUGAUUCACAAUGACUUUCUGUUUGCUUGAGAACGACUUCAGACCGGCCAAAAGUUCAUUUCUGUGCGUGUUUUCCGUUAACUGAAGGUGACAGGCGUGGGACUAAUGUCAGAUUUUCCUUCACUGGCAGGGCUCCAACAGAGAGCUGUUUCUUUUUUCUUUCCAUUUGGUUUUCCUCAUAUGUAGUACAGCAAGAAAAAAAAAAAGAUGCCCCAACUUGCCUGAAAUGUAAUGCCUUAACAGACAGUGAGAGUAAGUCGCUGUUCUAUUUAUCACAGUACUGUAUGUUUAAAGGGGGGAAGCUAUGAGAAAAUGUGAUUAUUUGUGAUGCGAUUUAUUGUACAGUUAAAGCUGAGUGUUUAAAUAAAUUUUUGUAUAAUUUUGUAAA